AUGAGCGCCACUCUGUCGGAUUUGACGCAGGGCUCUUCUCAGCUCGGUCCAACCAGUUCCGUCUCUUACGCCCAGACUGUACUCACGACCAUCUACCCCUCGGCCUCGGACGAGCAGGUCCUGACGACAACAAUCUACCAAGGCACGCCGCUGCCGACGACUACUACGCUCAGCCACCCAAAAUCAACCGUCCCGGUCGCGGCCAUCGCAGGAGGCGCUGCCGGCGGCGUCUUCUUGGCUGUAGCUGUAGUUGUCAUCUGGGUGUGGUGGGGCCGAUGCAUCCAGCGGAAGAGGGAGAAGGACCGGAGAGAAAUUCUCGCGACUCUCCAAGUCAAGGAGAACACGCGCAGGAAUACGCUCUCCGGCUCGUACACUCAAUUCCCCUCGACGCAUCGUUCCUCACGCCAUGAAAAGAGACGAGUGAAAUUUGUGCCCCCGGCGCCAUCGUCGAGCCCGUCGCCCAUACAGGAGAAACAAAAGCCCAGGCAAGUAUCACCCCAGCGACCAGGGUCAACACAGCACAGGCCCGUGCGCCCUAGUCCUCUGGGUAAGGCCAACUCCCGCAUCGAGCGGGCACCGCUCCUGGUGACUACCCCCCAGCUCGAGAGUCCAACCCCGCGCUCACCCGCAGGCUCAAACACAUCGUCGCCCGUGCAGCCCUUCCUUAAGCGGCCUCUCGCGAGCCCGAAAAUGCGGCGGGAGCGGCUGUCCACUACGAGUGCGAUGUCUGAGUACUCGACUGCGAGCGGCGAGGAGCGCCAGACGCGCGUCUCGACGAGCCUGAUAAUGGCCGCGCUGGGGCACAUGGACCCGCGUCGCUCGUGGCUGGGCAAUUAUCUCCCGCUGCACCGCAGCCGCCCGAAUAACGACCCAGAGGCGAGCCGGCUGUCGCAAAUGAGCAUGGCUUCUGUAUACUCGGACGACCCCGAGGAGGCGGUGGGGUAUGCGUACGGCGGCGAGGAAGGACCUGCACCGCGGUAG